GCAUAAACCUUUUCUUAAGAUAGCUGAAUGCCUCGAUUGGGGUGCAGUAUUAAAUUUGAAUUUGAAAUCUUAUCGAAUCUAAUCACAUCUUAUCCCAAAGAUCACUACAAAAUCUCACUACCGCAUGAUGCCCGGUACGGUAGUCUAUUCAUACCAGUGCCGCAGCACCCCUACCGUACACAAUCCAUACUACGAGUAUUUACCCGGCCGAUUCUCGCAGGGUUCCAUGAGGCUCUGAAGUCAAGGCUCCGGGCAACAGACCCACCCCACCACCAUCAUACCCGCAUCCAGUAUCUUUUCCGGUCGAGAGGAAAGAGAAUCAAGAGUCUGGAAGGACAGGGCAGGGGAAAGUUACUCUGAGGGAGGAUUUUGAUGUCUUAUCCCCCUCUAUCUCUUCUAAAGACAAAUUUCCUGAAGAGGGUGAGUCACUGCUGGAACAAACAGAAGGCUAUCCCACCUCUCUCGCCUCUCUCCCUCGACCGCUUCCUUUCUCCGUUUGCCCCGCAUCCUGCUCCUCCACAUCAAACUUCCCCGAUUUUUCAUUCAACAACGUCCUCACCAAUAGCCAUUGCCGGACAGCGAUUCCCGCAAACACCGACCGGAAACAGACACAUGGCCACCACGUCCACAGCCGCUCACUAUAGAGGAGUUCCUCCUGCUCCUUCGAUUGAGUCGCUCAAUGAGCAGCUUAACAACUUCGGAAUCUCCGAACCUCUUGCCCUGUUCCCCGGUUCCAAUCCUACUGCAAAUCCAGUCGAUGUCUACCGAUGCUAUAUUGCCCAUGUUUUGGCCCCAAUCACUGGCGUCGAUCUCGAGCUGGUCUACCCCGCCCUGGAGUGGACGCAGAACCUUGACAAGGGUGAUUUGAUUCUUGCCGUCCCAAGGCUGAGGAUCUUAGGGAAGAAACCUGCCGAGCUUGCCCAGGAGUGGGCAGAGAAGGUACGUUAACAGUGGGCUUUGAAUCUGCAUUGUGCUUGGUCUUCCACUGGCCCCCCCACUCCGCGCGGCCAGGGAUGUUAACACCCUCCUGGGUUUCUAGUUCCCCGAUAACCCUUAUGUCCGCCCUCCUACAGCUACCGGUACCUUCCUUCAGUUCUACUUCAAGAAAGAUGUGCUCUCAAAACUCGUCCUUGGUUCAAUCCUCAGCAGGAAGAGCGCCUACGGUCCCAUUGAUACUGGGAAAGGCAGGCGUGUUAUUGUGGAGUUCUCAAGCCCCAAUAUUGCCAAACCCUUCCAUGCAGGACAUCUCAGGAGCACCAUUAUCGGAGGUUUCUUGUCAAAUCUCCACGAGAGCUGCGGCUGGGAUGUGAUCAGAAUGAAUUAUCUUGGAGAUUGGGGGAAGCAAUUUGGUAUGAAAUCCCUUUGGAUAUCCCUUCUUUGAGCUUGCACGACAGAUGCAUGUUCUAUUUUGUGAACUCUUCCUAGUGCGAUAUGGGAUUUGCCGCCCCGCUGGGCUACGCAUCCCUCGUGACUAGCUCAUUCAGCUGAACACUCAUAGGAAUUCUCGGUGUCGGUUACAAGCGAUUUGGCUCCGAGGAAAAGCUACUUGCGGACCCUAUUAACCACCUCUUCGAGGUAUACGUAGCGAUUAACAAGAUUGUGGAGCAGGAGAAGGAGGCGGAGAAGGCCAAGGCGACGGAGAAGGGGGAAAAGCAGGUGUGUCCAGGACUUCGUACUGCUUAUUGGCUACUUUUAAAAUCGAUGGACUGUAGAGGAACUAAGGGACAUAAACGACAGAUCAGCAACGGGCCGACGGAUCAGGAAGCUCAUGAGUUCUUUUUUAAAAUGGAGAACGGUAGGUUCUAUCAUGAACUAUCACUGGGCUUAGCUAAUCCCCCCCACCCCAAGGUUCUGAGGAAUGCAUAGCCAUGUGGAAACGGUUCAGAGAACUGAGUAUUGAAAAGUACAAGGCAACUUACUCCCGGCUUAACAUUUCUUACGAUGAUUACUCCGGAGAGUCCCAGGUCUCGAAGGAGAGCAUGGAAAGAGCCGGGGAGAUGAUGAGAGAGAUGGGUAUCUCAUCCGAGUCUGAUGGUGCCAUUGUAGUCGAUUUCAAGCCACACGCCAAGAAGCUUGGAAAGGCGGUCGUUCAAAAGAAGGACGGCACAACCCUAUACCUUACCAGAGACAUCGGGGCUGCUAUGGAGCGUUACGAGAAGUACAAGUUCGACAAGAUGAUCUACGUUGUGGCUUGUCAGCAAGACCUUCACUUGCAACAGCUGUUCAUGAUUUUGAAGCUAUUGAAGCUUGAUUGGGCUGAUAGACUUAGUCACGUCAAUUUCGGUAUGGUGUUGGGCAUGAGCUCCAGGAGGGGGACCGUUGUAUUCUUGGACGAUAUACUCGCGGAUGCCAGGGAUAAGAUGCAUGAAGUCAUGAGGAAGAACGAAGAAAAGUACAAGCAGGUUGAAGACCCUGAAACGGUUGCUGAUGUUGUUGGACGUACCGCCGUCAUGAUCCAGGACAUGUCUGGCAAGAGGUGGGUUGUUUUGGAAGCCUCUUAUCCAUACACCUCCAACUAAAUUAGCACGCGAUAGGAUCAACAACUACACUUUCGACAUGGCGAGGAUGACUUCCUUCGAGGGUGAUACUGGCCCUUAUCUCCAAUACGCGCAUUCCCGCCUUUGCUCCAUUCAGCGCAAGGCAGGUAUUCCUGCCGGGGAACUCCUCAAAGCCGACUUUUCCCUCCUUGCGGAGGACCACGCAACCAAUCUCAUCAGGUGCCUUGCGCAGUACCCUGACGUUCUUCAAAACACCCUCAAGACUCUCGAGCCUACCACGGUUGUCACUUAUCUUUUCAAGAUGACACAUUUACUGAGCUCCAGCUAUGAUGUUUUGAGGGUCAUUGGAGUGGAGCCCAACUUGUCAACUGCGAGGAUGGCAUUAUAUGAGGGUGCGCGACAAGUUCUCAACAACGGAAUGAGGCUACUAGGUCUUACUCCGGUUGAGCGGUAUGUAUUCCCUCUGCUCCUUUGUCCUGAGGCCUUUGCUGAUCAGAACGGCGCAGUAUGUAAACCGCGGGGGCUUUCGGUGGAUAGCUAUCUAAUCAGAUAAAAUGUUUGUUUUCCUGGGCCGUAUAGAUUGGGUUUUUGGAAAUGUGCCUUGUGGCUCUUGUUGCUAGUGCUGCUUGGGGGCUGCCUCAAUCCCUACCCAGAUAGUCCAUACUUCCUUACUUUCGUUCCGCAUCAGUGUGGGAGUCGGGGGCCCGGGGUGAAUAUCUAGAAUCCAGAAGCAACCGCCCGUCAUUCAGCGAUCCAGUAUACCUAUGGCCUCCGCAAUUUGCCCGGAUCCCAAAAUGAGUAA